AUGGAGGAUAACGGGGACUCCGCUACCCAACCUCGAUCUUCUGCACCCCGAGUUCGACUCAGCUGUGAGGCAUGUCGCCAGCGUAAAGUGAAGUGCGACAAGCUGAGUCCUUGCACUAGUUGUCAACGACUCGGUUUCGUCUGUGUCCCUGUAGAAAGGGCCCGUUUACCAAGAGGACGAACAAGGAGGACCACUGAGCGUGCGACAAACACAGAUAAAGAGUUAGCAGAUCGAGUUGCCAAGCUCGAGAACCUCCUUAAACGGGUAGCCGCCGAACGCGACGAGUCGCACCUGUCACCGAUCGCGCCCAACGCCAGUAACCCCAAGGCGACAAAAGUAGAUAUUGAAUCAUGGCGCGUGAAUAAUGCGGAGCCUACAGAUCCUCAGCCUGGGCCUGUGGUAUCUAAGCCCAACUCGGUUCGCUCCCGCCCGGAAAAGUCUUACAUUGCAAGUUCAUUUUGGGAAGAUAUUAUGCAGCAGACGCAAGAAUUGAGAACAGUUCUCGAUAAUCGCUUGGAGCACGACCAAACUGAGUACAAGACGUCAUCUGGGUUCGGGACAUCUCUUGUAGGGUCCGAAGGCACAGAGAGUGCUCUCUCUCACUCAACUGAUAGCUCUCCGCAAUCUCACAAAGGAGUGUAUAUUUCCCCUGAUAUCAGAAGAACGCUGUGCGAGAUUUACAUACGAAACGUGGAUCCUCUCUUUAAGGUCCUGCAUAGGCCUUCUCUAUGUGCCUUUCUCUGCGAAGAUAAGCCGUAUCUGGACUACGAGCAAGGCCACCAGGCUCCUGCUACGUUAGCAGUAGCAGUCUAUUAUGCCGCUGUCGGGACUGUGGAUGAUGCGCAGUGUCAUUUGAUUUUUGGCACAGAUAAGAAGACCAUUUCUGCCGAGCUCCAAAAAGAUACAGAAGCUGCGCUGAUCAAGUCGGAUUUCGUGACCACCGAAGAUCUCACUGUGUUGCAAGCUUAUGUCAUAUCACUGCUUGCUGCUCGUUGUCAAGAUCAAAGUCGUCGCGUGUGGACUAUGAUGAGCAUGGCUCUUCGAGUCGGCCAAGCCCUCUGUCUCCAUCUGCCAGAACCACCAUUUCACGUCAAUGUCUUCGAGCAAGAGAUGCGCCGGCGCUGUUGGCAGGGCAUCGGCCUUUUGGACCUUGCAGCCUGUCUCGACCGAGCAUCCGAACCGAUGAUGAAGACAGCAUGGCUUCAAUCACACCCGCCAUCAAAUAUCGACGACGAGGCAAUCUGGUUCGACAUGGAAGGGCCCAUCCAAGAACAGCCAGAGGGUAAAUUCACAGACAUGACGCAUACGCUGAUCAUUGCAGCUGCACAAACUGUAGCCCGAACACUCGCAUUUUCCGACUUUAUGGAGUCGUCCAUAAAGACCAUGACUUUACGACAGCAGAUCCUGCUUGACUUCCAACAAAAUGUAUCAAAUAUGUUGAAGGGAAGCAGUCCCGAUCUGAUACCUUUCCAUUUAUAUUCGAGACGGACCGCGAACAGCAUUAGUGUUUGGCUACAUCUAGGAUGUCUCCGCCCGAUACAACGCAGUCCGAAUUUCACUCCUCCCCAAGUUCAAGGCGACAGUCUACUUAAAUUAGCUGCGGACAACCUGCAAAGAAUGUCGGAGGUAUACAACGACCCGGCGCUCGUACAGUGGUCGUGGUUCAACUCAAUGUGGGUUCCGUGGCAUGCUCUCGCAGUCGCACUAGCCGAGUUGUGCGUCUGUAAAAACCCUGCAACCAUGAACGAAUAUUGGCCCAUAAUGAAGAGGGAAUACCAUCGAUCCAGCUUGACCAUUGCAGACUCCCAGCACGGCAUGCUCUGGCGCCCCCUUGAAAAACUCAUGAACCAAGUGAUAGCCCGAAAGAGAGAAUUGCUAGGCAACGACAUAAGCGAGUUUUUCAACGACGUACUCGAUCCAGUUUCAAUGGAAAACCCGGUCAUCUACACCAGCAUGGAGCAGCAAAAUCAUAUAAUACCGCAUGCUCAGCAUAUGCCCUUGGACCAACAUGUGACCAACUACCCAAUUGACAUGGGAAUGACUGUUGCUGCUGGCCAGCAGACCAGUCCUGUAUUGGAAACAACGACGGAAUUUGAGCAAUGGCCCAACUUCUGGGAUACAAUGGAUUUCGACGCAACUCCUGUUGCGGGCGAAGGGGCCUGGGCAAACUAUGAAAAUUUUAUCGGGGAUGUAUACGAUAGCGCGGAGAGCAUAUUUUUACCACGAUAG